GACUUGGCGGAGUUUGGGGAUAGAGCCAGCUGGCCGCGGGCGGGCGCCGGGGAGCAUAGUGCCAGGAGCCGGACAGGCACCCCAGCUCCUCCGCCUGCGUCCCGGCCGCCCUCCGCUCCGCACCACCCGACUGGGAGCCCCGCGGGGCACUGCGGGCACGGCUGGCAUGCACCUAGGCGCACGUUGGCCCGGAGAGGCCGGCGGCUCCCGCCUCCUGCGCCAGGAGACACCGGGGAGCUGGGACCUUUGCGCCUAACGGGGCUCAAGCAGGUCCAGGCUGCAUUUGCAUCCGGGGCUGCCUUCUCUGGGAACUGAUUUCAAUCAACAAAGCACAAGUUGCCUGAACUUCAAAACACGAGGGAACUUGUUUCUUUGAAAAUUAGCUGUAAAAAGUUUGGAAGCUCAGCGAUCUAAAUAAUCCCGAGGCAUGGAGGAGGAGGUGCAUGGUCUGUCGUGGACUUAGAGCUGCGAAAUGAUUUCUUCAGAAUUAAGUCAACCUCCACCGAGGAAACCAGAGGCAUCCUGUACCACCCUCUCCCUGCCAGUAGUAUUUCUUGGUUCAGCUGAUGGUGUUCCUGAUCAGUUUCAUAAGCUCCGUGUUCUGUGGCCACCUGGGCAAGAUGGAGCUGGACGCAGUCACGCUGGCGAUCGCGGUUAUCAAUGUCACUGGUGUCUCAGUGGGAUUCGGCUUAUCUUCUGCUUGUGACACCCUCAUCUCCCAGACGUACGGGAGCCAGAACCUGAGGCACGUGGGCGUGAUCCUACAGCGGAGUACGCUCAUUCUGCUCCUCUGCUGCUUCCCCUGCUGGGCGCUGUUUCUCAACACCCAGCACAUCCUGCUGCUCUUCAGGCAGGACCCGAAUGUGUCCAGGCUUACCCAGGCCUAUGUCACGAUCUUCAUUCCAGCUCUUCCUGCAACCUUUCUUUAUAUGCUACAAGUUAAAUAUUUGCUCAACCAGGGAAUUCUCCUGCCCCAGAUCGUAACUGGAGUUGCAGCCAACCUUGUCAAUGCCCUCGCCAACUAUCUGUUUCUCCAUCAGCUGCAUCUUGGGGUGAUAGGCUCUGCAGUGGCAAAUUUGAUUUCCCAGUACACCCUGGCUCUACUCCUCUUUUUCUACAUCCUUGGGAAAAAACUGCAUCAAGCUACAUGGGGAGGUUGGUCCCUCGAGUGCCUGCAGGACUGGGCCUCCUUCCUCCGCCUGGCCAUCCCCAGCAUGCUCAUGCUAUGCAUGGAGUGGUGGGCCUAUGAGGUCGGGAGCUUCCUCAGCGGCAUCCUCGGCAUGGUGGAGCUGGGCGCUCAGUCCAUCGUGUAUGAACUGGCCAUCGUUGUGUACAUGGUCCCUGCAGGCUUCAGCGUGGCUGCCAGCGUCCGGGUAGGAAACGCUCUGGGUGCUGGAGACAUGGAGCAGGCACGGAAGUCCUCCACCGUUUCCCUACUAAUCACAGUGCUCUUUGCUGUAGCCUUCAGUGUCCUGCUGUUAAGCUGUAAGGAUCUUGUGGGCUACAUUUUCACUACCGACCGAGACAUCAUUAAUCUGGUGGCUCAGGUGGUUCCAAUUUAUGCUGUUUCCCACCUCUUCGAAGCUCUUGCUUGCACGAGCGGUGGCGUUCUGAGGGGGAGUGGAAAUCAGAAGGUUGGAGCCAUUGUGAAUACCGUUGGGUACUACGUGGUUGGCCUCCCCAUCGGGAUCACGCUGAUGUUUGCAACCAAACUUGGAGUGAUGGGUCUGUGGUCAGGGAUCAUCAUCUGUACAGUCUUUCAAGCUGUGUGUUUUCUAGGCUUUAUUAUUCAGCUAAAUUGGAAAAAAGCGUGUCAGCAGGCUCAGGUACACGCCAAUUUGAAAGCAGAUGUGGCUCGGAGUGGGAAUUCCGCUCUCCCUCAGGACCCGUUUCACCCAGAGUGCCCUGAAAACCAUGAAGGAAUUUUAAUGAACGAUGUUGGAAAGACGGGCGAGGCUCAGAUGGAUCAGCAGAUGCGACAAGAAGAACCUUUGCCGGAACAUCCACAGGACAGUGCUAAGUUGUCCAGGACACAGCUGGUGCUGCGGCGAGGGCUUCUGCUCCUGGGGGCCUUCUUAAUCUUGCUGGUGGGGAUUUUAGUGAGAUUCUAUGUCAGAAUUCAGUGACGUGGCAGGAAAGAAAGUCAGGUCAAGUGAUGCUUUUGAGCUUACACACAAUUCACAGGCCCACCAGUGACAAUUUACUUUGAGUUAAUGUCAUUCAGGUGUACCCAUGGAUUCUGAGGGUUGGGAAUGCAAAGAUACAUUUCUCUAAAAAAAGAAAAAGCAACUAAGGUUAAAAGCUAUAUUGUGGCCCAAGACACUGUCUGAAAGAUGACAUGAGUAAUAUAAUUCACCACUAUCUGAACCAAGGACCAAUGUGCUGACUGCAUUGGCCAAUGGCUUUGCUAUUUUUUUAGACACAAACCCAGAAACUCAGUGCUUAAGAAUUCAUACUGCCUGAAUUAUGUAAAAUAUAUUUUACAAUAUAUCUUUCCUUGGGCCUUAGAUUACUAUUCACUGGGCAAAUGGUAUUUGUUUUUGUUUUAAUUUUUUUUUUAAUAGACGGAAGUCUUGCUCUGUCACGCAGGCUGGAGUACAGUGGUGCGAUCAUAGCUCACUGCAGCCUCAAACUCCUGGGCUUCAAGCAAUCCUCCUGUGUCAACCACCAGAGUAGCUGAGACUUCAGGGGUGUGCCACCAUGCCCAGCUGGCAUUUGUUAAUCUUCAUUUGAGGUCUAGAUCUAGGCACUGUGGGCACUGAAAAACAGUCGGGAAAUCUUUGGAGCUGUGGAAAUCCAGACAAGGACUGAUAAUUCCUGGCAGGGGUGUGUGCGUGACCUACUGCAGCCUCAACCUCCUGGGCUCAAGUGAUCCUCGCAUCUCAGCCUCCCGAGUAGCUGAGACCACAGGCGUGUGCCACCACGCCUAGCUAAUUUUUUAUUUUUUGUAGAGACGGGGUCUACCCGUUUUUUCCCAGGCUGGUCUUGAAUUCCUGGGAUCAAGCGAUCCUUCCACCUUGCCCUCCCAAAGUGUUGGGAUUAUAGGCAUGAGCCACCACGCCUGGCCAGAGGACAAAAUUUUAAUAAAGGUCUUAGCUUAAGUAGUAAUCCUACUUCAUUAACCUUCCUGGGGCGGGGUACGCACCGAUAAUUCAGCAAGCCUCAGUACAUACUAAGUAUGCUCAGUGCUGUGAAAGUGGAUUACACCAAAUUAAGUCAUUCUUAUCACACCCAAUUAAAAGUCAAGAAGCCAAGGAUAAAAGCACCCCAGGCACAUAACAUUAAUCUAGUAAUGUAAUUCUCUGCACAUCCAGCUGGCGAAACUGCCUGCUGUAAGCCGAGACCAGCUUUAUCCAUAACUGCUGAGAUAACUUGCUGAAGCUCUAGGAAUAAUUUCGCCUGCCCGGUUGCUCACCAAUUGUAGCUUGCCAGCUCCCAGGACCCUUCCCGGUGCCAAUAAACUUUCUCAAAGAGCUAUACUGACAUUUCUUUUGAUAAAACCUCCAGCCUUCUGUGUUGUUCCGACAUACCGAGGACCACCUGGUCUACAUAGAUGCCCUGAACUGCAAUUCUUUCUUCCCAAAUAAAACAUAUAAAUGGA